GAUUAAAUUCAACUAUUCAUUAUAAACAAAUAAUCUCAAAACCAAAGAAUACGAUGAGUAUUAAUCAAACCAGCCAAGCUAAGGUGUGUUCAAAUAGGACUUGGGUCAAGUGUCAUCAAUAUGCUGCAUGAACUGGUCAUAAGAGUCGGAAGGCAGACUUGCUAAGCACUUCGACAUAGAGGAAAGACAACACAACGUCUAUUGGAUCACAAAGCAUGAAGGAAUUGCUAAGGGAGAGUUUUCACUUAUUCUUGCUCAUGUAUUUGUAUUUUGUUCAACGCAGCAUUGGCGCUACAGAUACCAUAAGUACAACCCACUUUCUGAAAGAUGGUGAUGCCAAUAUUACUUCACCUGAUGGAACCUUUGAAAUGGGGUUUUUCAGUUCAGGUAGUUCCAAAAAUCGCUACGUGGGUAUGUGGUACAAAAGCUUAUCUGUUAGGACAGUGGUGUGGGUUGCCAACAGAGAAGCUCCCUUGACCAGUGGAUCAGGUAUCCUUAAGGUUAUUGAGCCAGGACGUCUCGUCCUUCUCAAUGACACUAACAAAGUUGUAUGGUCAACUAAUACCUCUACAUCUGUGCAGAAUCCCAUUGCACAGUUGCUGGAUUCUGGGAAUCUUGUCGUGAAACAAGCUGGUGAUGAUAAUUUCCUUUGGCAGAGUUUUGAUCACCCAACUGAUACACUAUUACCAGGCAUGAAGCUUGGUUGGAACUUUUUAACUCACAGAGAGGUGUACUUGUCAUCGUGGAAGACCCAAGAGGAUCCAGCUCCAGGUGAUUAUACAUAUCACUGUGAUCCUUCUGGAUAUCCACAGAACAUCCUGAAGAAGGGGUCAAAUGUUGUCUAUCGAUCAGGGCCGUGGAAUGGUCUUCAUUUUAGUGGAACAAGAAACCCAAGAGGCAGUCAUUUAUACAAAUAUGAGAUAUUCUCAAGUAAGACACAGGUUUAUUUUGGAUAUAAGCUCAUAUCUUCAGUUAUCACAAGGUUGAUACUUAAUCAGAAUGGUGCCCUAAAACUUUGGACUUGGGGUGAUCAUGUAUCUGAUUGGAUCCCUCAACUCUCAAUACCCGCAGAUAACUGUGAUGCUUACAAACUGUGUGGCGCAUACGGGACUUGCAACAGUCAAGAUUUUACUGUAUGUAGAUGCUUAGACAGAUUUGUGCCCAACAAUAGUGAAGCUUGGAAGAAGAGAAACUGGUCAGGUGGCUGUGUUCGGAAAACAGAACUAAAUUGCCUUCAAGGACAUAGAUUUUUGAAGUAUUCACAUAUCAAAUUGCCAGACACACGGAAUUCCUGGUCCGAUGUGACUAUGACACUUGAAGAAUGCAAGAAUACCUGCUCUAAAAAUUGCUCUUGUAUGGCUUAUGCAAAUCCUGACAUACGCAAUGGAGGAAGUGGAUGCUUGUUGUGGUUCGAGGAUCUGCUUGACAUUAAGGUGGUUUCCGAUGAAGGUCAAGAUAUCUACAUAAGAAUGGCUGCUUCUGAACCAGAUAGUCUGGAGAAAUCAGAUGGAAAGAAAAGAAAAGUACUUUUCUGGAUUCUGCCAUUAUCAGUUGGUCUGAUUCUGGUAAUUCUUAGCAUGUUGAUCUUCCAUAGAAGAAGGAAGAAGGCUUUACAGCUCAAAAGGAAAGGUAGGUCCGGACGCAAUGGCAACUACAAGAUGGAUCAUAGUGGUAAUUGUGAGGAAGAAUUUGAGAUACCAAUGUUUGACUUAUCUACCAUAAUGAAGGCUACCAAUAACUUUUCAAUAGACAGAAAGAUUGGAGAGGGGGGCUUUGGACCGGUUUACAAGGGCAUACUUGAAGGACGGGAAAUAGCUGUCAAACGGCUGUCCAGAACUUCCAAACAAGGAGAAGGUGAGUUCAAGAAUGAAGUUUUAUAUGUUGCAAGACUUCAGCACAGGAAUCUGGUGAAGAUUCUUGGUUGCUGCAGUGACGGGGAAGAAAAGAUGUUGAUCUAUGAGUACUUGCCGAAUGGGAGUCUUGAUUCAUUUAUAUUUGAUGACACACAAAGCAAGGCAUUAGACUGGCCUAAGCGAUUUCACAUUAUCAAUGGUAUAGCUCGGGGACUUAUGUAUCUGCAUCAAGAUUCUCAAUUGAGAAUAAUUCACAGAGACCUGAAAGCUAACAACAUUCUGCUAGACAAGGACAUGAAUCCAAAGAUAUUAGACUUCGGCUUGGCAAAAAUAUGUGAAGAGGAUGACAUUGGAGCCAUGACAAACCGAGUAGUUGGAACAUAUGGGUACCUCUCACCGGAAUAUGCAUUGCACGGAAAAUACUCAGUAAAAUCAGAUGUAUUUAGCUUUGGUAUUUUAGUAUUGGAAAUUGUCAGUGGGAAAAGCAACAGAAAAUUCUCUCAUCCAGAUCAUAACCUUAAUCUACUCGGGCAUGCAUGGAAACUUUAUAUACAAGGUAGGUCAAUAGAACUACUUGAUGAAUGCCUAGGUGAUUCUUGUUCAACAUCUGAAGUGGUACGAUCAAUUAGUGUUGGUUUAUUAUGUGUCCAACAAUGUCCUGAAGAUCGUCUAAGUAUGUCUUCCGCAGUUCUGAUGUUAAACAAUGAAGGUGUGUUGCCGUUGGCUAAACAACCAGGUUUUUACAUAGAAGGAAAUGCACCGGGUGGUGAUUUCACUCCUAGCCAAUCUGCACAGAUUACAGUGAGUGACACCCCCAUCACAAUACUAGCUGUGUAUCAACUAUGUCAAACAUAUGUAGGAAGCUUGCUGACUGGCUGUUACUUUGAUUUGCGCAGUAUAUCUGAUACUACUCGAAGCAUGAACGUGCCAUUAAACGCAGUUGUUUUUGGCACAUUCAUGCUUGUAGUCUUUUCUUCCAUCUACCUAUGUUUUUGCGCUACAGAUACAAUAACUACGACAGAUUUUCUCAAAGAUGACGAGGACAAUUUUAUUGUAUCACGUGGUGGAACCUUCGAAAUGGGAUUCUUCAGUCCAGGUAAAUCCAAUAAUCGCUAUGUGGGGAUAUGGUACAAGAACAUAUCUGUUAGGACCGUGGUGUGGGUCGCGAAUAGAGAAGCUCCUCUGACUAGUACAACUGGUAUUUUGAAGGUCAUUGAGCCAGGAAUUCUUGUCCUUCUCAAUGACAGUAGCAAUGUUGUAUGGUCAACUAAUACUUCGAGAUCCGUGCAAAAUCCAGUAGCACAGUUGCUGGAUUCAGGGAAUCUUGUUGUGAAACAAUCACAAUCUGGUCAUGGUGUUAGUGAUGGGAAUUUGCUUUGGCAGAAUUUUGAUCACCCAACUAAUACACUAUUACCAGGCAUGAAGCUCGGUUGGAACUUUGUAACAGGACGAGAGGUGUACUUGUCAUCAUGGAAGAAUGAGGAGGAUCCAGCUCCUGGUGAUUAUACAUAUCAUUGUGAUCCUUCUGGUUAUCCACAGAACAUCAUGAAGAAGGGAUCAGAUGUUGUAUAUCGCUCUGGACCGUGGAAUGGUCGUUCUUUCAGUGGAUCACAAAACUCAAGAGAAUGUCCUUACUAUACAAUUGGAGUAUUUACAAGUAAGACAGAGUUGUACUUUGGAUAUAAGCUCACGUCUUCAGUUAUCGUGAGGUUGAUAUUGAGUCAGAAUGGUGUGUUACAACUUUGGACUUGGGGUGACGGAAAACAAGGUUGGGUCCCUUUCCUCUUAAUACCCGCAGAUAACUGUGAUACGUAUAAGUUGUGUGGUGCAUAUGGUAGCUGCAACAGUCAAGAUUUUCCAGUAUGUGGAUGCUUAGACAAAUUCGUUCCCAACAAUAGUGAAGCUUGGAAGAAGACAGAUUGGUCAGGUGGCUGUGUUCGGAGAACUGAACUAAAUUGCCUUAAAGGAGACGUAUUUUUGAAGUAUUCACAUAUCAAAUUGCCAGACACACGGAAUUCCUGGUCUAAUGUGACUAUGACACUAGAAGAAUGCAAGGAUUUCUGCUCAAAAAAUUGCUCUUGUAUGGCUUACUCAAAUGCUGAUAUACGCAAUGGAGGAAGUGGAUGCAUAUUGUGGUUAGAGGAUCUGCUUGACAUUCAGCAGGAAUCCAACGGAGGGCAAGAUAUCUACAUUAGAAUGGCUGCUUCUGAAGCAGAUAAUCUGGAGAAAUCAGAUGGAAAGAAGCGAAAAGUACUUCAAUGGAUUCUGCCAUUUGCAGUUGGUGCGGUUCUGGUAAUUCUUAGCAUGCUGAUCUAUCAUAGAAGAAAGAAGAAGACUUUAGUAAUCAAAAAGAAAGGUAGUUCGGGAUUAAAUGGCAGCUCCAAGAUGGAUUACAGUGGUAGUUGUGCUGAAGAAUUGGAGAUACCGCUGUUUGACUUAUCUACCAUAAUGAAGGCUACUAAUAACUUUUCAAUCGACAGAAAAAUUGGAGAGGGGGGCUUUGGACCUGUUUACAAGGGAAUACUUGAAGGACUGGAAAUAGCUGUCAAGCGUCUGUCUAGAACAUCCACACAAGGAGAAAAUGAGUUUAUGAAUGAAGUUGUAUAUAUUGCCAAACUUCAGCACAGAAAUCUGGUGAAGAUUCUUGGCUGUUGUAUUGAAGGGGAAGAAAAAAUGUUGAUAUAUGAGUACUUGCCAAACGGCAGUCUUGAUUCAUUCAUAUUUGAUGAGACACAAACAAAGGUACUAGACUGGCCUAAACGAUUUUACAUUAUCAAUGGUAUAGCUCGGGGACUUAUGUAUCUGCAUCAAGAUUCACAAUUGAGAAUAAUUCACCGGGACCUGAAAGCUAACAACAUUCUGCUAGACAAGGACAUGAAUCCAAAGAUAUCAGACUUCGGCUUGGCAAAAAUAUGUGAAGAGGAUGACGUUGGAGCCAUGACAAACCGAGUUGUUGGGACACAUGGGUACCUCUCACCGGAAUAUGCAUUGUACGGGAAAUACUCAGUAAAAUCAGAUGUAUUUAGCUUUGGUAUUUUAAUGUUGGAAAUUGUAAGUGGAAAAAGCAACAGAAAAUCCUGUCAUCCGGACUAUAACCUUAAUCUACUUGGCCAUGCAUGGAAUCUCUAUAAAGAAGGCAGGUCAACAGAACUACUUGAUGAAUGUCUAAGUGAUUCUUGUUCAACACAUGAAGUGGUACGAUCAAUCGGUGUUGGUCUAUUAUGUGUCCAGCAAUGUCCUGAAGAUCGUCCAAAUAUGUCUUCUGCGGUUCUGAUGUUAAACACUGAAGGUGUGUUGCCGUUGGCUAAACAGCCAGGUUUUUACAUAGAAGGAAAUGCACCUAGUAGUGGUGCAUUUUCUUCUAGCCAAUAUGCAGAGAGUACAGUGACUGAGACCCCUAUCACAAUACUAACUGCCCGAUAGAAGAUAUUGUUUUACUGUUCGUUACAGUCUUGCAGUUGUAAUAAUCUUUUCUUUUAAGUCUUUGAAGCAAUGUGGUGAAAAAAAUUUGUUCAUGAUUCUGCUUUUUUGGUGUAUCAACUAUGGAAGAUCUUCUUCAUGAAGAAGAGAUAGUCCAAAGCACACGUGUGUUGGUGGAAGGUAACAACAGUGCGCGUAGGGUGGAUAAAUUUAUAUUU